CCUCCAGCCAUGGGGUCGGCGGCGCUGGAGAUCCUCGGCCUGGUGCUGUGCCUGGUGGGCUGGGUGGGCCUGAUCCUGGCGUGCGGGCUCCCCAUGUGGCAGGUGACUGCCUUCCUGGACCACAACAUCGUGACGGCGCAGACCACCUGGAAGGGGCUGUGGAUGUCGUGCGUGGUGCAGAGCACCGGGCACAUGCAGUGCAAGGUGUACGACUCGGUGCUGGCACUGAACACCGAGGUGCAGGCGGCGCGGGCACUCACCGUGGGCGCGGUGCUGCUGGCGCUCGUCGCGCUCUUCGUGACCCUGGCGGGCGCGCAGUGCACCACCUGCGUGGCCCCCGGGCCGGCCAAGGCGCGGGUGGCCCUCACCGGCGGCGCGCUCUACGCGCUCUGCGGGCUGCUGGCGCUCGUGCCGCUCUGCUGGUUCGCCAACAUCGUGGUCCGCGAGUUCUACGACCCGGCGGUGCCCAUGUCGCAGAAGUACGAGUUGGGCGCGGCGCUGUACAUCGGCUGGGCGGCUUCCGCGCUGCUCAUGUGUGGCGGCGGCCUAGUGUGCUGCGGUGCAUGGGUCUGCACCGGCCGCCCCGACUUCAGCUUCCCGGUCAAGUACUCCGCGUCGCGGCGGCCCACGGCCACCGGCGACUAUGACAAGAAGAACUACGUCUGAGGGAGCCGGACUCGGCGGGGCCCCUCGCACGAGCCGGACAACUGGCUAGGGGAGCCCCGCAUGGACGGCAUCCGAGGCGAGGCCGCCCCGCGCGGUCUCCGCGGAAUGGCCGGUUCUGCGCCUGGACGUGGCACACCGACCGACCGAGACCCUGCUCCCGCCCGCAGCCCGUUCUCUCCAAUAGCAACUAGCCGGGUCCUGGGCCGCGCCCUGCUCUGAACAGGAGCCACACACUUGAGAGGACUUGCUCGGUUUCUUUUUCUGUGCGCAGAGCUUACUCCGAUGUGGGUGGGGCGCGGGUCCCUUUGGUUGAGUGGACAAUGGACUGAAAUGCCAGUUCCCUCCCGGACCCUCAGGGUCUUGGAUGCCGUCAUCCUUACUAGCAGCUCCUGCGGAUUCCAGGAGGGCAGACAGAGAUCGCAGGGACCCCAGCCUGGGCUGCCGGAGGGAUGUAUACAACUCGCCUCUCCCCCAACAGUGGGGGCCUGAACCCAGGGGGACUAAAAGACUUGGCUUGGAUCUCCCUGCCUCACCCCGGCAGCUCCCCAGGAGAUGCUUAUGGGCACCAGAUCCUGAGUGUGUAGCUGGGGCCCUGCCCUCCUUUGCAGCUUGUGGGGAGGGUAAGAAUUUGCUUAGUAAAUGGUUUGAAUACCCUC